UUCAGUAUUUAGCUUGCACUAUGCUUUGAGACAGCCAGUAAUGUCUUAAGACCUGUUGCAGUCUCCGAAUAUAAAACCCCGCUUUGUUGGGGGGAGGUUGACUUGACUGAGCCGCAUGAUCAGAGUCAGGUGACAAUAUUGGGCACAAAACCAGAGGAGGAUAAACAACUGGGUGUAGGAGAUCAGCUGCUGAUCUUGCCUUUUGACAAGCUGUGUUACUCCUCGGGGAAAAAUGACUGCCUGGCCCUCUCCUCUGCUGUGGAGCUUAACCACGGCGUGUUUAACAGGUAUUGCUUUAGGCCAGACAACCACCACCCAGGUCCCUGUUGCAUCAACACCAUUGCCUCCCAGUGCAACCACCACCCAGGUCCCUAUUGCAUCAACACCAUUGCCUCCUAGUGCAACCACCACCCAGGUCCCUAUUGCAUCAACACCAGCACCUCCCAGUGCAACCACCACCCAGGUCCCUAUUGCAUCAACACCAGCACCUCCCAGUCCAACCACUACUGAGGCCUCUGCAGUGCUCUCGACUGAAGUGGCAUCAACUACUGCAAACCUUGCCACAUCCACAGCAGCGUCGUCUGCUCAGACUCUGCCUGCCACCACAGAUGUGACUGUCCUCACCUCUGGCAGCACGGCCAUGUCUCAAGCAUCUACAGGACUGAUGGUCACAUCUACCAGCAGCCCAGUGUCCGCUCCAGGCGUGACCACGUCUCCUGGGGUCCCAUCAGCAGCUCCAUUCCUCACCACCACCAAGACUUCAAACUGCAGCAGAGUGAACGCAACAGCCUGUGCCCACUGCUCCCCAGGGACAUUUCCCAACAAAGGCACCUUGAGCUGCUGGUGCUGUGCGGGGGCCUCGUGCACGGACCCCAGUGCCUGCACCUCCUGCCCGCUGGGCCACUACCAGCCUGCAAGUGGGCAACUGUCGUGCCUGCCUUGCCCGCCGGGGCACUACGCCAACUUCACAAGGAGCACCGCCUGCCUUCCCUGCCUGCCCGGCCAUUACGCUAAUGAGUCUGGGGCUGCAGCCUGCAGAGCAUGUGAGAAAGGCUAUUUUAGCUCCAAGCAAAAUGCAGCAUUUUGUCUGCCUUGCCUGCCUGGAUCAUUCUGCAACACCACCAGCUGCACGGCGUGUCUGCCUUGCCCUGGUGGGCAAGAGGCUCUUCAGGCGGCGUCGGAGGAGUGCAUGCCUUGCCUGCCAGGUAUGUUCAAAGGUCCCAGUGACAACAAGUGCAAGCUCUGCAGGACAGGAGAAUACCAAUUACAGCAGGGCAAGGAGAGCUGUGACCUGUGCCCAGAAAAUCACUACUGCCCUAGCCCAGAUGUGAACCCGGUCAAGUGCCCUCCCGAUGCCUUCUGCCCUGCGGGCAGCGCUGAGCCGGCGUACUGCAUGGAGGUCUUUCUUUACAAGGCAGGGGACUCCUGCCAGCUGACUCCCCUGAUGGUCAUUUUCCUGGCCGUCUUCUCAGCAGGUGCAAUCCUUACCAUCUUUGUGAUAAUUCUGAAAAGGCAGCAAGAAUAUAGCAAGAAAUCAUUGAAGUCUCUACUGCUACCCCGAGGCUCCAGACGACACACGACCUACGGGGGCACCGAGCACACAGAGCCCGUCUAUGCCGGCUGGUAGUGUCGGACAUACUCUCAGCAAGCACCCUCUUCUUUCCAUGGGGCAAUACAGAGGAGUGUGCACAGGGAAAAUGUUUAACCAUAAGCAACCUAUUUCUGUAUAGCUAAAGUAAGCGCAGAGAAAUAAAACUCAGUUUUU